AAACCUAGUGUGACCUUACAAAUAAAGUUUUUAUCAGAACUUGCUCACAUUUUUCGGCAGCUUAUUAUUUAACAAAAAUUAUAACUCAAAAUCUCAGAAUGAAUAGCAUUGGAGAGGACUGCAACGAGCUAAAGAAACAGUACGAUGCCUGCUUUAAUAGCUGGUUCUCGGAGCGAUUCCUCAAGGGUCAGACAGACGACUCGUCGUGUGCGCCUAUUUUCCGGGUAUAUCAGGAGUGCGUGAAGCGCGCGAUGAAGGAACAGAAGAUCGAGUUACGGGAAAUCGAAACGGAAUUCACCACAUCUUCGGAGUACGAAAACUCCAGCAGUUCCGGAGGAAAGCAGAGCAAGAGUUGACCAGCAAUGACAAAUUCCGGCUACGGCUCCAAUCCGACAAUAGGCCAGAAUGCGGAACACCAGACUCUCACCAGUCACCAAAGGCGAGGAUCUGGUUAAGAACCGUAUAAAGGUCAUAAAGUUCAGCAAUGCAAGUACCAGAAGCUGCUUUUGCUAAGUUAUAUGAUUCCUAUACAUAACCAGAAAUAUACAACUUAAAUUAUAUAGUAUAUGUUCAUCUUAAGUUCAAGUAGAGAUUUUAAAAAACUGUUAUAUUCUUGAUUGCAAUAAAAUGUGUAAAUAUAUAUACUAAAAGACUUCUUAUCAACCAA